AACCCCUACAAAUGAGUACAUUGGUCAGUGUGGCAGGAGCCCUUCUAGUGAUUUUCCUGCUGUUCAUUUGCGUCUGCGUAUACGCAAUUAGAGCAGAAAAAUGCUGCUUUGCCCGAAAGGGCGACUUCAAACCAUCAGAAAUAGAUGGGCAAAAAAUCGACAUAGAAAAAACAGCUACCGGUCCCGGUGGCAUUCCUGCUGACGCCAUCUACACAACGACGCCCCGAAACAUGCACAAUCCGCAGCAUCACGGAGGCAGCCCGGAGGCCAUGAAGCAUCAACAACCCACCACACUUACAUACAAUGGUAGAAGUAGCGUAGGAGAGUCGAAACCAAAGGCAGAGAACCUCUACUGUGGUCUCGACACACAAAGAGACAGGCCAAAGAACCGUGUCUUGUCGGCCGAUUUCUUCGAAUCAGACAAUGACACAGACAGUUAUCGUCAAGACAAAUACCAUAGUUUUAGUCGGUACACAACUCCAAAAUCAAAAGACAACUGGUCGUAUGCUUCCACACUCGCGAUGGGUUCUCACAGAAAUUCACUACCUAUGGAUAACAAAUACAUCAAGCGAUCUGUAAAUAAAAAAUUACACAAAAAAGACAGACCCAGGCCAAAGCCUUUGCAAUUCGAGCACGAGAAAUAUUACGACCAUGUUUUCCCAAAGAGGGAUGGUAGAAACAGCACUGAUUUUUUCUACCAACCCAGUAGUUUUAAUCAUGCAGAACUGUAAAUACUCAGAUGUGUUGAUUGAAAAUUCAGGUGAGAUUUCUCUUCAAAUCGACUAUUUUGUUAGCGUCCCAGUUUUCCUCAACUUGAUGUGCUUGAUGUAAGACACUUUAUUGGUACAUGAUAUAUCAGUGAGAUUUAUUUCCUACUUGUAUCGAAGUUUUUUCACUUAAAAAAAUCACAUGGAUGUCAUAACCUACCAGAGCUUGGAUCGAUAUCAAAACUGUUUGUUGACAGAGUAAAAAUAUAGAGAGAGAAAAAGCCUGUUUUAAUGAAUUCUUCCAUCGAAAAUAUAUAUAGCAGUCACUAAUUAACAACAUUAGGUACUGAAAAUAUCAGGCAGGAUAAUUCAAAUUGAAAUUGAAUAUUUUUUUGAAAUCACGAAAGUAUUGCUUGUUUUUCCAAUCGUUAUUGUAUCAUGAUAUUUGUUAUGCUUAUUAUAUUUCCUUCAUAGAUAUCCUAUCCUUAACUGAUUCUACAUGUUUUUAUGCUCCUAGAUACCAUCAUUAUUUGUAACUGUGUUCACAGGAAGUGAGAAUUUUCUUUUUCGAUACGGAAGAACAUGGUUUCCAAUGAAAAUUGAUUUUGCUCUCAUAGAUGAACUUUUGGAUUUCUGGAAACCUAUUGAUUUUAAUCGUAUCAUUAUCAAAAUCAAAUUAACUUGCUUCCUCAGAGAUCUGAUAUAAAAACCUGUGAAUUCUUAGAAUCAAUGAAAUUGCAUACUGAAACUUGCUACAACAGGUUAUAUGAGCCAAAGUUAAAGGAUGAUCAAAUUAUCUAAAGAACAAUUCUCUUAUUAGGUAGUGGGCUAUGUUUGAAGACAGGCAGUAAACAAAUACAAAGAAAUGAACUUUAAAUGUUCAAGCCAGCCUCGGAUAUAUCUACACAGUAGGUUGUAUGGACUGACGCCCAUCAGACAACAACUACUCUGCUAGCUAAUACCACGAACUACGUUGAAUUAUAUCAGACAGGCGUCAGUGCA